CACUACUAAAGCCAACAUCUUUACAUCGUCUCAGCACAGACUAUAGACUUCUUCUUAUCGCUCCCACUUUCACUUGAUCUCAGCUUUUCUCAUUCACGACGGAGGGGAGCUGCGCGAACAUUAAAGCUUCCAGGCCUCCAAGGAUGGACUCCAUACCUGCGGGACGAGACCCCAGCUCCUCGCCAAGCUCCAAACAAGAACUUUCCUACCCGGGCACCAAGAACCUGAAGCCCAACCAGGUGGGAGAGACGGUGCUGUACGGAAUACCGAUCGUGUCUUUGGUGAUAGAUGGUCAGGAGAGACUUUGCCUUGCACAAAUAUCCAACACGCUGUUAAAGACUUACAGCUAUAACGAGAUACACAACCGGCGCGUGGCGCUGGGGAUCACCUGCGUCCAGUGCACCCCUGUCCAGCUGGAGAUCCUGCGGAGAGCCGGUGCCAUGCCCAUCUCCUCCAGGCGCUGCGGGAUGAUCACGAAGCGCGAGGCCGAGAGACUCUGUAAGUCCUUCCUGGGAGCUCACGCGCCUCCUAAACUUCCAGAAAAUUUUGCCUUUGAUGUUUCCCACGAAUGCGCGUGGGGAAGUCGAGGCAACUUCAUCCCGGCCAGAUACAACAGCUCCAGGGCCAAGUGCAUCAAGUGCUCCUACUGCAACAUGUAUUUUUCUCCUAAUAAAUUUAUAUUUCACUCGCAUCGCACACCAGAGUCCAAGUACACACAGCCAGAUGCAGCUAACUUUAAUUCUUGGAGGCGGCAUCUGAAAUUAUCAGAUAAAGGGUCUUCCACAGAUAUACUGCACGCGUGGGAAGACGUGAAGGCCAUGUUCAAUGGGGGGAGUCGUAAGAGGACGCUGCCAGGCAGCGGGUCAGAGUCCAGCUCUUUAAAAUCUAAUGGACACAGCCGUCCCCGAGAGUCACCCGAGAUACCUCCAAAGAUCCUGAGCUGCGAGGACAACCGGGGCGGCAUGGCGAGCACGCGCAGCUACCCGGUGAUCCCCGUGCCCAGUAAAGGCUUCGGGAUGCUGCAGAAGAUCCCCCCGCCGCUCUUCCCUCAUCCGUACGGCUUCCCAGCUUUCGGCCUGUGCCAGAAGAAAGACGAGGGCAUGCUGGGAGAGCAGAGCAAGGCGGGCCUUCCCGGCGUCCUGUGGCCCGGUACCAAGGACAGCGCCUACCACUCCUUCCCCAUGUUCUGGCCCGCGGCGGGCGCGCUGCCCAUGCCCCCCUACCCCCAGAGUCAGCACAAACCCCCGCCCGAGCUGCUGUGUCCUCCGAGACAGACUGACAUGGACAUAUCCGAGCACAGCGACCGGAGCACCAACACGUCCAAAGACAGCAUGGUGGAAAACGAGCGGUGCUCGAGCACUCAGUCCACGCGCAAUGAAGACGACAAGUCCGGGGACGAGGCGAGGCCGCUGGAGGGAAUGACCCUGGCGCCCCGGAAGAUCAGCUACGUGUCCGCGUUCAGACCCGUUAUCAAAGACGCAGACUGCAUCGCCAAGCUGUACGGCAACAGGGGCGCUUAUAACGGCUGUCGCACCGGCUAUUUAUCGCCCGAUUUUUUAAGUGAGAGCUCGAGCUACCGGUCCAUGUCCCCCUGCGUGGACAGCGAGGGUGAGCCGGACGUGGAUGUGGAGACAAAUAAAACACCAGAGGAGGAGGAGGACUCCCGGCCUCUGUCCUCGGUGUGUCCUCGGACUCCUCCCGGCUUGGCUCACAGUGUCUCACCGGCCGACUUGGACUCCAAGAGCCUGCAGGAGAGCAGUGAGUCCCAGAAACUGAGUCUGCACGUGGCCCAGUCCUCUGACAGAGACCUGCAGAACAAGCUGCUGUCAGACAGCCACAUAGCUGCGUCUUUCACCGAAGUGUACACACCGGAGAGGAGUGAGGUGCAACAAAGGAGCAGUCCGUAUCAGUUCAGACCUGCGAAUUACCAGACUGGAGUUCUUACAACAAAUGAUGAGAGCGCAAGUAAAGAAGAGCCGUCUUCAACAGUGGAGGAGGUCGAAACGAAAUCUUUUAAUGAACAAAGCAGCGAGGACAACCAGCGAGAGCCGGACGAGGGCGAGGACGCACCAGCCAGACCUCUGCCAACACAAAGAGCCAUACAAAGUCUGGCAAAAGAGGAACUACAGAAGCAGCUGUUAGAGCAAGUUGAGCUGAGGAAAAAGCUGGAACGUGAAUUUCAAAACUUAAAAGAUAAUUUCCAGGAUCAAAUGAAAAGGGAACUUUCCUACAGGGAGGAGAUGGUUCAGCAGCUGCACAUCGUCAGAGAAGCUCACGACGCUUUACACCAUUUUUCGUGCAAGAUGCUGACUCCUCGCCACUGCAGCGGAUCCUGCUCCUUCAAACCUCCUCUACUGCCACCGUGAAUCAGAUUACUACACAUUUAUAUGACAAAGAAAACAAAGGACACAUUUAUCCAACAGCUUCAUGGAAAAAUCUCUGAGGAAUCUAGUUGAAAAAAUUGUUGUAAUUAUUUGUAAAAUUUAAAAAAUGUGUAUCUUCACCCUCAAUAUUUAUGUAACCAUCUUGCAUACAGUGUAAUUUGUUUUACUGAAAUGAUACCAUUGAUGAUAUUUAUUAUUUGUGGCAAAGUGCAAUGACAAUGUAUGUAUCUUGUAAUAGUUAUAGGUUGUUAUUUCGGUUCUUCUGUUGUCAAUAAUAGCAGAUUUGACUAGCCAAUUCAUUGUUCCUUAUCCUCUCAGUAUUGUAAAUUAGCCUACUACUUUUGUUCUUCGCAGGCCAAUAGCUUCAUUUGGAUGUAAUGCACUUUAAACAAAUGAUGGAAAUUACCAUAAAAAACCUUGUGCAUUGAAAUAGGCCUACAAUAUAAUGAGUUGUAGUGGUCAAACCAUGCCUAUUUGUUUCUGAAGACUCACAAAACAGAAGUU